AUGGUUUUAUUCAUACUCCCCUAUUUAACUACACUCUUUCACACCAAUCUUUCGGGCGUCCACCAUAGAUACAGGGAAUCCUCCUAUAUCCUUGGCAUAAGCCGAGCAAAAACCUUCUGGAGCAUAGUAGUUCCUAUGGCCAUGAAUAAACUAAUAUUUUCGGUGCUUCUAACCAUCGGAAAGAUAAUAGGAGAAACGGCCCCACUCUAUCUCACAGCCGGUAUUAAUAGCGCCCAAGGCACCCUAUUCAUGUACCAGGGACAGACCCUCACCACGAGAAUCUACUCACAGCUGUACGAAUCUAACCUUUCCAAAAGCACUCACAUAGUCAACGAAACCUCCUUCUAUUGCAUCCUCUUCAUCUUCACGAUGGUCUUUAUGGGAAGGAAUUUACUUAGACCACAAAAGGAGAAGACCAGAACUGAUCUGGUCGAAAACCGUGUGGGCCCUCAGAAGUUCAUCAUGGAAAUCAAGAACCUAAGCGUUUGGGUGGGGGGCAAAAAGAACGGAGUACAGAUUCUGAAGGACGUCAAUAUUCGAAUUCCAGAAAAUAAGAUAGUGGCAAUUAUAGGUCCUUCCGGAUCAGGAAAGAGUAGCCUUCUGAGGGCCCUAAACAAGACCAACUUCGGAGAGGAAUUCAUCUACAAGGGAGAAAUAAAUUACUACGGCAAAAACGUUCUCCAGAAGGGAUAUCCCAUAGAGUAUCUAAGGACCCAAAUAGGGGCCGUAAUGCAGAAGCCGGUCAUGUUCCCCAUGAGCGUGAGAGAAAACAUCCUCUUUGCCCUAAAGUCCCACGGAAUGGUCCAGAAUGACCGUUUGGAGAUAAUACUAGAGAAGUCCCUUAGGGAUGCCCACCUAUGGGACGAAGUGAAGGAUAGGUUGAACGCCAAACCCGAAACCAUUCUAUCCAUAGGUCAGCAGCAGCGGCUGUGCAUAGCCAGAGCAAUAGCUCUCCAGCCCCGUGUCCUUCUCAUGGACGAGCCUACUUCUGCUCUCGACCUAAAGGCCAGCCGUAAGAUAGAAGAGCUGAUACUAAAGAUCAAUCGAAGCGGAAUGUCCACCAUAAUCCUUAUCUCCCAUUCACUUUCCCAGGUGGAGCGCAUCAGCGACUAUACCAUCUUCAUAAAGGACGGAGAGGUGAUAGAGCAAGGGAGAACCCGUGAUAUAUUCAGGAACCCAACCCACCCCGAUACAAGAGAAUUCUUGGGAAACAGAAUAUAG